UUUCAAACUGCAUGUUAUCAGAGACCCCCAGCUCCUCUGUUCACUGUAGCUCCAUCAUCAUGCGUGAAAUUGUACAUCUGCAAAUUGGACAAUGUGGCAACCAGAUCGGCUCAAAGUUUUGGGAAGUGAUCAGUGAUGAACAUGGGCUCAAUGCAACAGGCCUCUAUGAAGGCGACAGCCAACUCCAGCUGGACAGGGUCAAUGUCUACUUCAACGAGGCACACGGAGGAAAAUAUGUUCCCAGAGCGCUGCUUGUUGACUUGGAGCCUGGCACCAUGGACAGUAUAAGAGGAAGCCGCAUCGGGGCCCUUUUUAGGCCGGACAACUUCAUCCAUGGUAACUCUGGAGCUGGGAAUAAUUGGGCAAAGGGUCACUACACAGAGGGAGCAGAGCUGGUGGAACAGGUGAUUGACAGAGUGAGGAACGAGAGCGAGAGCUGUGACUGCCUGCAGGGCUUCCAGCUGGUCCACUCGCUAGGCGGUGGCACCGGCUCCGGCAUGGGAACCCUCAUCAUCAACAAGAUCCGAGAGGAGUACCCCGACCGGAUCAUGAACAGCUUCAGCAUCAUGCCGUCCCCUAAGGUCUCUGACACCGUCGUGGAGCCGUACAACGCCACCCUGUCGGUCCACCAGCUGCUGGAGAACACGGACGAGACCUACUGCAUCGACAACGAGGCCCUGUACGACAUCUGCUUCCGCACGCUGAAGCUGACCACGCCCACGUACGGCGACCUCAACCACCUGGUGUCCCUGACUAUGAGUGGGGUCACGACUUCCCUGAGGUUCCCGGGGCAGCUCAACGCAGACCUGAGGAAGCUGGCUGUGAACAUGGUGCCCUUCCCGCGUCUCCACUUCUUCAUGCCGGGCUUCGCCCCGCUGACGGCCCGCGGCAGCCAAGAGUACAGAGCCCUCAGCGUGCCCGAGCUCACCCAGCAGAUGUUUGACGCCCGCAACAUGAUGACGGCGUGCGACCCAAGGCGAGGGCGCUACCUCACGGUCGCCGGCGUCUUCCGUGGAAGGAUGUCCACCAAAGAAGUAGACGAGCAAAUGCUCCUAAUCCAACAGAAGAACAGCAAUCACUUUGUGGACUGGAUCCCCCACAACGUCAAGGUUGCCGUGUGCGACAUCCCACCCCGAGGCCUCAAAAUGGCCUCCACCUUCAUUGGCAAUAACACGGCCAUUCAGGAGAUAUUCCGACGCGUGGGUGAGCAGUUCUCCCUGAUGUUCAGACGAAAGGCUUUUCUGCACUGGUACACAGGAGAAGGCAUGGAUGAAAUGGAGUUCACUGAGGCCGAGAGCAACCUAAACGACCUGGUGUCAGAAUACCAGCAGUACCAGGACGCCACGGUCGAUUCAGAAUGGGAAGCAGAGGAUGAGGAGGAGGAAGGGCCCUCGUCAGCAGGAACAGCCAAGGUUCAGUCUCUGGUCGAGGUCAAACUAGGAACAGUGACUGAAACGAGCCAAGAAACUGUAGUUGAAUAGGUCUUGGUGCAGGUUUCAUACCAUUUACAAGAAUGUGGAAAUGGAAAUUUAAACUGAGGAACUAUGAUGUAGUUACUUUUAUGUCUUUGUUUAGGGUAGAUAGUCCUUACUUCAUAAAAUGCUGUGCUCUGAUAUGUUUACACAUUAGCGCCUGUUGUCUUGUAUGGUCUCUACUUAUAUAUUAUUUAUGUAGUACUGUUUAUAUUUGCUUUUUUCUUUACACAAAAUAUUACAAAUCCAUGGUGAUUGUUUUGCAUGUAUAUAUAAAAUUCUUUAUGUUGUACCAAUUUAUAGCUAUAAAAUGAAACUGUUUCUUUAAUCA